UAGAUUUAUUAUAUUUGAGUUAUGCGUUACAUUAUUUAAAAUAAAGAUAUUCGCCCAUUUUUAAUAUUAUUUUCUUAGGAUGAAAAAUAAAACAAUUCAUCGUUAUUACUAUUAAGUUUUAAUUUCGAUGCGCAACUAGCUCCAAAGCAAAUUUGUUAUUAUGUCCAGUCUGGUCAUCAAGUUGGCAAUUGUCGGAGGCAAGAACUCUGGGAAGUCAGCACUUGCCGUUCGAUUUCUUACUCGAAGGUUUAUCGGGGAAUAUGAUUCUAAUUCAGACGUUUGCAUCAAACGAAAUAUACAAUUGGCUGGCAAAUCGGUAGAGCUGCAUAUCAAGGACACAGCGGGUUCUAUUUGGCUCAAAGGCCCUGCUGCUUUGGUUGGAUGGUCUUCAGCCAUAGUUAUUGUUUACUCAGUAACUGAUCCCCGCAGUUUUAGUUUGGCAAAAUAUAUUCUUGAAGAAAUGAAUAUUUGCAAAAAAGUUGAUCAAUCAUUUAUUUUGUUGUUAGGUAACAAAAAAGAUUUAAAUCAUUUAAGAGAAGUAACUUACAGUCAAGGAAAAAAAUUAGCAAAAAAACAUGGAAUUCAUUUUGAAGAAACGUCCGCAGCAAACGAUUUUGAAAGUGUAGACAAUGCUUUUAAAAAGCUUUUGUUUGUAAAAAUACUUGCUUUUUCAAAGAUACCCAUUUCAAUAGAAUCUAACCAACCAAAAGCGUUUACACGCAAGCUUUCGUUAAAUAAUCAUGAACUAUCUCAACGAAAAUUAAAUCGUAUUCGAAGAACUUCGACAGGUUCUUUCGAUUCAGCACAAGAAUCAUUCUCAUCUGUAUCAGAUGAUGAAGGUGCAGAGAUUUAUAAUAGACUCAUUGAGGCCCCAAAAAAGUACGAGGAGGUCACUUGCAAAAUUCAAGUUAGUCCAAAUAUAAAAAACAGAAAAAUAUCUUUACCUCAUUUGUUCGGCAGAACGCAAAAGUUACUAAAGGCUAAAUAAACAUUUUGCACAAACAUAUGUUUUACAUACAUACAUACAUACAUACAUACAUACAUACAUACAUACAUACAUACAUACAUACAUACA